AUGAAGGUCGAGAUCUGCAACUUCUCGGGCUACAAGAUCUACCCUGGAAAGGGCAAGCUCUACGUCCGCCUCGACUCGAAGAUCUUCCGCUUCGUCUCGUCGAAGGAGGAGUCGCUCUUCCUCCAGCGCAAGAACCCGCGCAAGAUCGCGUGGACCGUCGUCUACCGCCGCGUUAACAAAAAGGGUGUCACGGAGGAGGUCGCGAAGAAGCGCUCGCGCAAGACGGUCAAGCACCAGCGUGGUGUUGUUGGUGCCGACGCCGCCGCCAUCCUUGCCAAGCGCAACCAGAACCCCCAGGUUCGCGCUGCGCAGCGUGCCGCCGCUCUCGAGCAGGGCAAGGCCGCCAAGAAGGACAAGGAGUCGAAGAAGGUCAAGAACCCGGCCAACAAGGUCCCCCAGGGCGCAAAGGUCUCGCGCGCUCAGGCUGGAAAGGGCGCCGUUCGCUCCGGCCGUUAA